AUGGAUCAUGGCGCACCUCGUGAUGGAGGAGCACCUGCAGCGGAAGCUGUUCGACAAAAUCGAGGAGGUCGCGGAGCGCAGGCGGAGAUCAGCGAGGAUGACCUGCAUAGGAUGCCGUCCCUCAAGGCGGUGAUCAUGAAGGGGCUGAGCCAGCACCCUCCGGCCCAUUUCCUCCUGCCGCACACGGCAUCGGAGGGCGUGAGCAUCAACGGCUACCUGGUACCCUGGGGCGCCUCGGUCAACUUCACGGUACCGGAGAUGGGGUGGGACGAGAAGUUGUGGGCACGGCCAGAGAGGUUCUUGGCGGGCGGAGAAGGCGAGGAGGUGGGCACAACGGGGGGCCGGGAGAUCAAGAUGAUGCCGUUCGGGGUGGUGAGACGGAUAGGACCUCUAGUUCGUCGUGGCCAAUCUGUUGAGAGAGUUCGAGUGGAAGCCUGUGGAAGGGGAGGAGUAGGACCUAUCAGAAACCCGGGAGUUGACCGUGCUGAUGAAGCAUCGUUUGCGAUCUCGGAUUAG